AUGAUCAAUCUUUGGAGCCAGCGAAAGGAAGCGGAUGAAGCACGGAAACAGCGGCCUAAAAUUUCACCGGCACAACUACGUGCACAAAAAGACUUGGCCGAGCUGGAUUUGCCACCGACAAUGCAAACACGGUUCCCUGAUCCAUCCAAUAUCAUGAACUUUGAGGUCCUUAUUCGCCCUGACGAGGGCAUGUACCGCGGUGGCGAGUUCCUCUUCACGAUCGCUAUCAACAACAACUACCCGCAUGACCCGCCGAAAGUCAAAGGCGUGGCAAAAGUAUACCACCCCAACCUUGAUUUGGACGGCAAUGUGUGCCUCAAUAUUCUGCGUGAAGACUGGAACCCGAUCCUAAACCUUAACUCUGUCUUGGUCGGCCUGCUCUUCCUGUUUCUCGACCCGAACCCAGACGAUCCACUCAACAAGGAAGCUGCCGAGGAACUGCGUCGCAACAAGGCGACGUUUGCUGCAGAUGUGCAGCGUGCUAUGCAGGGGGGUGUUGUGCGAGGCAUGCAAUACGAUCGUGUGCUAUAG